AUGACCCUCACUCACGAGGAUUCGGCCGGGAACCUCACCACCACCUCUACCACCUUCACCACCACCAUGGCCGCCACAUAUCCCGUCCGGGCCGCCCCCUUGGCCGUCGCACAAGCUCACCUCGUCCCGCUGGCCCUCGCCGCGCUGCUGGUACUCGUUGUCCUCCAGCUCGGCCGCACGUGGUGGCGUUUGCGCCAUAUCCCGGGACCCUUCCUCGCCCGCUUCACCAACCUGCAACGCAUCUUCUGGGUCAAGACGACGCGAGCCCACCUGAUCCUCCAGGAAGAGCACGCCCGCCACGGCGAGGUCGUGCGCAUCGGGCCCAACACCGUCUCCAUCAGCAACCCCGAGGUUCUGCCCGUCAUCUACACCACCCGUACCGGGUUUCCCAAGUCCGACUUUUACCCAACCCUCCAGGGAUACACGCCCAACGGCGGCAAGCUCGAGGCCAUCUUCAACACGACGAGCGACGACGUGCACAAGUCCCUCAAGGGCCCCAUCGCGCCGCUCUUCACCCUCGCCAACGUGCCGUACCUGGAGCCGCGCGUCGACGAGGUGCUCGAGUGCCUGCGCGACAAGCUCGACGCCAACUUUGUCCAGAACAACGUCGUCAUCAACCUCGGCCAAUGGGCCCAAUACUUUGCCUUUGAUGUCAUGGGCAUCCUGACCUUUUCCAAGCGCUACGGCUUCCUCGACACGGGGAAAGACGUCGGCAACAUGCUGCAGAACAUCGUCCACUUCAUGCGCGUAUCGGCACCGUAUACCCAGAUCCCCUGGUUCGACAAGCUGGCCCGCAAGAACCGCGUCGGCGACUUUCUGCAGCGCGUCCUCGGCCUCCAGGCGUCCAUGGGCAUCCUCGCCUUUGUCGGCAAGGCCAUCGCCGACAAGAAGCAGCAGCGCGCCGAGCAGGGAGCCAAGCUCACCGCCGCCAACGACGCCAACGACGACAAGUACGGCCGCGGAAAGGACUUUCUGACGCGCUACAUUGAGAUUGUCGAAAAGGACUCGGCCCCCGUCGCCUGGACAUUUUCCAACGUCAUUGCCGGCUCCGACUCGGUGGGCAGCCUGAUGGGCACGACGCUCUUCAACCUGCUGCAGUAUCCCCACACUCUCGACGCCCUCUACCGCGAGCUGCGCGACGCCAACGUGUCGAUGCCCUUCCCCAAGUGGAGCGAGGUCCGCAACCUGCCGUACCUCGACGCCUGCGUCCAGGAGGGCGUCCGCAUGCACCCGCCCUUCAACCUGCCCUUUGAGCGCGUCGUGCCCAAGGGCGGCAUCACCAUCCUCGGCAGCUUUCUUCCCGAGGGUACUGUCGUCGGCGGCAGCCCCUUUGUCGUCAACCGCCACAAGGGCUGGUUCGGCGACGACGCCGACUUCUGGCGUCCCGAGCGGUGGUUGGAGAAGGACGAGGCCCACAAGAAGAAGCUGGAGCAGGGCAUCCUCACGUUUGGUGGCGGACGCCGUAUCUGUCUAGGCCGCUACGUGGGUAUUCUCGAGAUCAAGAAGCUGAUCCCCUUUUUGAUUCUCAACUACGAUAUCCGCAUCGUCGACCCCGAGAGGUUCCAGGUGGAAAACUCGUGGUUCUUCUUCCAAUCGGGGCUCUGGGCGACAAUGAAGAAACGACCCCAGCCCGAGCAGCCCGAGCCGCCAGCGCCAACAGCGUAA